AUGUUCAAGUUAUUUAGUCGACAUGGUCGUCGAAGUGGUAUUAUUAAUAUAUUUUGUGACAAGAAAAUUGAGGUUAGAAAAGCAAGGAUUUACUAUUUUUAUUCCUCGACUGGAUCAGUAAGAUUUUCUUCUACUGACGGAGAAGCAGUAAAAAUUACUAACAUCGCAGAAAAUAUCCCCGAACCUCCACCUGUACCUGAUCCGGCAAUAUUUGAACAAGUUACUGAAACAAUUCAAUCUUUAGCUGCAAAUGGAGAACCCACUUUUGCUAGUCAGGGACUUGGUGGAUGGGGACCUGUAGGAAUAGUACAAAACUGUUUAGAAUAUGUACAUGUUUCUCUUGAUGUGCCAUGGUGGGGAGCAAUUCUUAUGGGAACAAUAGUAGUGCGAGUUAUUCUGUUUCCUCUUGUAAUAAUGUCACAAAGAAACACUGCUGUCAUGAAUAAUCAUUUACCAGAAAUUCAGACACUUCAGUUAAAAAUGACACAAGCUCGUCAAACAGGAAAUCAACUAGAAUCUGCCAGAUAUGCUCAGGAGAUGAUGUUGUAUAUGAAAGAAAAAGGUUUGAAUCCUUUAAAAAAUCUCCUUGUGCCAAUAGCCCAGGCACCAUUGUUUAUAUCAUUCUUUGUAGGACUCAGGGGAAUGGCAAAUUGUCCAGUUGAAAGUAUGAUGCAUGGUGGAUUGUGGUGGUUUACUGACUUAACUGUUCCUGAUCAAUUCUUUAUACUUCCUUUAAUUACAAGUGCAACUAUGUGGGUAACUAUUGAGUUAGGUGUAGAUGGUGGAAGAUUAGAUGCACAAAAUAUGCAACUAAUGAGGUAUUUUCUGCGAGCAAUACCCCUAAUAAUGAUUCCAUUUACAAUAAAUUUUCCGGGUGCAAUCCUUAUCUAUUGGUGCUCAAGUAAUUUUAUUUCUCUAUGUCAAGUUGGUAUUCUAAAAAUACCAGCUGUAAGAGAAUAUUUUAGGAUACCUCAGUUAGUUAAACACAAUCCUGAUGCUCUGCCUAUUAAAAAGAAAGGGUUUGUAGCUGGAGCUAAAGACUCAUGGACGAACAUUAAGUUAUCAAGAGACUUAGCCGAUCGACAAAGGGUAGAUGAAAUGAUUUUUACUAAGGCCGGCAAAGGACCAUUGCAAAAAACAUAUAAGCUUGAUCCAACUAAACUUACAAAGGUAGAAGCAAAAUCAAAAUAA